UGCUGGCUAUAUGAGCUCAGUGGAGGCACCGCCUCGGCCUUUUCCGCCUCGCUCCUUGUCCGCGACGGGGGCCGCUGCCGAGCCGCUCCUCUGCCACACACCGCCUGCUGCCUCGACCCGACUUUGCCCGACGCCUCAGCCAUGAUUAUCUACCGCGACUGCAUCACCCAGGAUGAGAUGUUCUCAGACAUCUACAAGAUUAAAGAAGUGGCUGACGGACUCUGUCUGGAAGUGGAGGGAAAGAUGGUGAGCAGGAAAGAAGGCGAAAUAGAUGAUGCUUUAAUUGGUGGAAAUGCGUCUGCUGAAGGUCUAGAAGGUGAAGGGGCAGAAGCCACAGUUGUCACUGGUGUUGACAUUGUAAUGAACCAUCACCUUCAGGAGACAACUUUCACUAAAGAGUCUUACAAGAAGUACAUCAAGGACUACAUGAAAGCAAUCAAAGCCAGACUUGAGGAAACAAAGCCAGAGAGAGUAAAGCCGUUCAUGACAGGAGCAGCUGAACAAGUCAAACAUAUCCUUGCAAACUUCAAAAAUUACCAGUUUUUUAUAGGUGACAGCAUGAAUCCAGAUGGCAUGGUGGGCUUGCUGGAUUUCCGUGAGGAUGGCGUGACCCCAUUUAUGAUUUUCUUUAAGGAUGGAUUAGAGAUGGAAAAAUUUUAACAAGAGAUCAGCUCUUCUGGAUCACCCAUCAUCAUCAUAAUUGGCUGCUGCUCUAUAUUCAUCAACAAAACAUCAUGACUCAGCAAUGUCUGAAAACUGGACUGAUGCCGUCUUGAGCUUAAUUUGAUUUAUUUUGACCCUGAAAUAUUUGGAGUGGAGGCAUUGGUUUUUAAAAAACUUGUCAUGUAGGCUGUCUAAAAUAAAAAACAAACUCAUUUAAACCCAGCAUAGGUCAUGCCUCUUGGUUUAAUGUGUUGAACAGGGUUCUCCAGCCAGCAGGCUUCGUGUAGUUCUUGUGCAUUUGGAUUAGCAUAGCCUGGCCUUGUACAUGCGGGGAACAGUCUCCAGAUGUCGGGGGUCCUGGAACAUGGAAGAUCAACCAGCCACAACUGAACUGCUUUUUAGGCACCUGAAAAACAACAGAUACAAAAGAAGGCUUUCCUUCUAAACUGGCUGUGGCUCCUUGCCAUUCAACAGACAACAAUAACUAGCUGAAGGACACAUUUGGAAGCCUGAAUGUGGUGCUGAUUUGAGUUCUUAACAAGUUAAAGAGAGAUGGAUCCCUUCAGAAUAUCACGACAAAAGCAGAGCUUUGGAAAGAUCAUCCUUGAUGGCAGAGAGGAGCAUAUUAGGCAAGGAAUCUUCACAGGAGGCAUUGCUUAUGUGCUGUAGUUUGAAGUAACUGUAAAGUAAAAUACCUAAGUAAUACAUGCAUCACAAUAAUCACAGGAUACUAAUUUGCUGUGUGGUGUGUCAAUCUAAGCUCAGAUCUUUCAUAUGUUAACUGAAAACCUUUAAGCACUGGACAGUAGAAUGACCUGUAGUAGGCAAUGUGUGUACCUUUUAUCUAAUGAACAUUUUGCAAAAUCCUGAGGACACCUUUCUACUUCUGUCCCUUGUAUGCAUCUGUAUGCCAGGCUGAGAGUAUAUAAACUUUUAAGUUGAA